GGGAGCUCCGGUCCCAAACCGGAGGCCACGGGACACCGGGAGAUGCCGUGGGAAGGCCGAGAAGCGGAAGCACUAGAUCGUUAGGUUAAAGCUGCCCCAGUGGAUUCCCAACAGGGAGGGCUGGCACACUCGGCACUCCUCAGAAGCCAAGAACGCCGCGGAUGGGAAAUGACCCAGAGGAGGACCCGUAGCGCUUCAACUCGGCUCCGCUUGAAGCCCCGACUUUGCCGGAAGCUGGGGGGCGGAGCAAAGGAAGUGACGAAUGGCGGCGCCGCAGGGUCCGGUUCCGCCUGGCGCCGCCCUCCCCGGCCCGGCCCGCGGCGCCGCAGGAGCUCGAGUGCCCCGCGCUGCACAGCAGCCUGGCCCUGGGCCUCGAGCUGCGGGCCGCGCGCGCCGCGGCGGGGGCUCAGUUCGACGCCGCGAAGGCCGUGGAGGAACAGCUGAGGAAGUCGUUCCGGCUCCGCUGCGGGGUCGAGGACAGCGUGAGCGAGGGCUUGAACGUGCCGCGCUCCAAGCGGCUCUUCCGGGACCUGGUGAGCCUGCAGGUGCCGGAGGAGCAGGUUCUGGACGCCGCCCUGCGGGAGAAGCUGGCGCUCCUGCCGCCCCAGGCUCGAGCGCCGCCCCCAAAGGAGCCUCCGGGGCCAGGGCCAGACAUGACCAUUUUGUGCGACCCAGAGACGCUGGUUUACGAAGCUCCACACCUGCCCCUGGACGGGCUGCCCCCGCUCCGCCUGCAGCCCCGGCGCCGCCCCCCGGAGGACACCUUCCUCAUGCAUCGGACGCUCAGGCGAUGGGAGGCUUAGUCCGAGGACCCGGACUGCUGCUUCCUGUUUUUGUGUUGCUAUUUUUUCAGAAUAAAGUUGUUUGGCUAACAAAUGGGACUCUUCAGAUGGGGCCGAAGUCCCUCCAGGGCUUUGUCCACUUAGCUCCAGCUUGGAAGCUGCUGGGGAGUUUUGGGCCCUCACGUUUAGGACCUUGGUUAAGUGAUGUCAAGUGAAAACCACUGCCACAGUCGGGGGCCUAGAUGCUAUACCUCCCUUGCCUCACCAUUUCAGGUAAAAUAUGGGUGCCAGCCCGUUAGGCUCCCGAUUAUCUGCCUCAAGAGGUGUGCAGGGGGCACCA